UUUCCAAAAUUGCCAGCCCAGGAUUACUUUGUUCUCAAAUGUACAUUGGCUGGUAAAACAUCUAUUGUUUGCUUUUUACAUUGUGUCGAUAUACACCAAUCAAAACAGUGUCCAGUAAACGUGGGGUAGAGGGGUGUCACAGGGGACAUGGAAACGAAUGUAAGGGUGUUACAGCUUGUCUCUUAGUGGCCCUUCCGUCUGAAAGAACAGCCUGGACUCUCUCAUAUCUCUGCCUCACAUAAUGGCCUGUAGGCAGGAGGGUGUUUUUGUUCUGAAGGAGAAAGGCUUCAGGAUGUUGCUGCUCAAAAGCAGUAGAAGUGGUUUCCUGCUGGGGGAAAUGAUCAAAAAGCCAGACAAGCCCCUGGUUGGACACUUUCCACUCGAAUUCAUACACACACAUACAGGUUCAUGCACAUGGAGCUGGACAUGCAGAAGACGCUCUCCAGACCUAAUCGAGGUUGCUUAAUCGUUGUCAGAGGCGACUGGAAAAACUCAGAGGAGAGGAGAGGUUUGGUUCAACACGUUUAAUGAAGAGUUUGAAGAUUCAAAUGUCAUGGACAAGUCACAACCAUAGAAACCAUGAUUCUGAACCUGACCAAUGGGAGCUGCCAAAUCCCUCUGGAAAAUGACAGAGUGGGUCUGACCUACAUCUACAGCCUUGCCUUCUCUAUCGGACUCCCAGUCAACCUGCUGUCCCUGUGGGGCCUGUACCAGCUGGGCCGGUCUGGUGGAGGCGGCUGCCAGCUGGUCUACAUCCUCAACUUACUGCUUUCCGAUCUUCUCCAGCUCCUCACCUUGCCUCUGUGGAUCCUUUACCUGCAGGGAGACCACCGCUGGCCUUACGGGUCCGUGACGUGCCAGCUAGUGGGCUACGUUUUCUACGUUAACCUCUAUGCCAGCGUCAUUUUCCUUUGCCUCAUCGCCCUGGACCGCUGUCUAGCGAUCGUGUAUCCUCUUAGCAGCCGUGGCGUGCGGAAAGUGCGUGUGGCAGCCCUUUCUGGUGUAGUUGUGUGGACGGUGAUAUUUCUGUUCUGCCUGACUGGCCUGUACCCAUCUGUGUUCGAGCCCCAGAGAGAGCUGUGUCUGGAGCAGUACCCUGUUAGCACCAGAUACGCUUACUUCAAAAUUGCCACAGUUGCGUUAGGGUUCCUGAUGCCCUGCUCUAUACUAGGGUACACCUCGGCCCGAAUCGGGUUGACUCUACGAAACUCGCCGUCUGUCCCGGAUCACGAACGCCGCAGGAUCGUCGCCACCCUGGUUGUCAUCACUGUCAUCUUCAUUGUCAUUUUUGCUCCUUAUCAUCUAGUGGUCGGCUACAGAUUUGUCACCCUGCUUCUUACGGAGAGUGAAAAAGACCAAUGUUCAGUGGAAGUUUCCCUCUACCUUUACUAUCGAAUCUGCUACGGGCUCACAAGCCUCAACACCCUCCUAGACCCUCUUUUCUACUUCUUUCUUUGCAACGACGCUCGCCAAGAGCUUCGCAGAUCUCUCUUCUGCCCCUGCCGGGGUCAAAGGGCACACCGGGGAUCGCGAGUACAGACUCUUCCCAAAGGCUGUGCAGAUGUUUAGCUGUCGUCUUGUGCAGAUGCUAAUCGGGGGUUGGUGUCUUUGUAAGGCAUGGGGUGAAAACGUCUUAUCAGGCUGAGAUUUGACUAAUUACCUGUCGUGAUGUCAUUAAGACAUGACUGGUAUGAGACAUUUGCACG